UAUUAUCCUCUUCUCAGGUGAUCAGUAUCUCUUUUUUGUUAAAGAAGAAUAAUGGAAUGAAUGAUCAUAAUUUUAUCCAUAUAGACACAGGAGAAGUGAAGAGAAGUACAGGCAUUUUUUGUUCAUCAGCAUUCAUCGAAUUAGGCGCCGGACAGAGGACAACAGGUAGAUCUUAAGCUCAGCAACACAACAAGAUGGAUGUGGUACUGAAGGGGCAUGCUUCUUAUUCACCACGAAAUGACAAGAGAGCUCUUUGCCUUUUUGUCAUGGUCUGGAUUGUUUAUUCCAGGUUUCACGCAGUGGGAUCAUUCUUUGACACUUACCCACAUUAUUCGUCGUCGUAUGACUGGUCAUCAUGCUGGUCUACCCUGGGGGCAAUCGUCAUGUCAAGCAAAACCAUGAAGAGGUUAGAAUCAGAAAAGACGCUUUCUUGGUGGUUUAGUGACCCCAAGACCAACAACAACGGGGAAACUAGUCUGGUGCUGGAGCUGCAAAACCAGAUUGCAAGAUUGAGGCUUGAACUUGAGAAAAACAAAUGUUAUAAAGGAGUGACCAGUGAUGCUUUGGAUUUGAUUUCAGAUGUUUCUGACUUAGCCUGCAGCGUCAAGAAGCGGUUGGAAGAACAAGGGAGGGUCAGAAGCCAAAAGCAUCGUUUGUCAGAAGAAGAGAAUGCAAAUUUGAAACUUGAACUGGAUGCAACCAAAUCCUCCUUAAAAGCAUCUGAAUCCCAGACAGCAUUUCUGAAAGAGCAGAAUAAAACGUUAGACGUAUAUGUAUCUCAACGCCAUACGGAGAUAAGGGAACUGAAAGUAGCCAUCUCUAAUGCUAAGCUGAAAUUUAGGAAUGAGGAAGCUCAGCUACAGAAGGUAAUACUAGCUUUAGAACAGCGUCAAGGGGUACUAGAGACGGAUCUGAAGAAUUCGGAGUUGGAGGUACGCAAAUUAGUGGAGGAGCACAAGAGACUUGAAGAUGAACAUAAAGAAUUUCGAGUUUUGCAAAGAAACCGUGAAGCAGAAGAGAUGGAGAGGCAUCGUCUGUCAGAAGAAGAGGUUGCCAAAUUGAAACUUGAACUGGAUGCAACCAAAUCUUCCUUAAAAGCAUUUGAAGUCCAGACAGCACUUCUGAAAGAGCAGAAUAAGACGUUAGACGUAUACGUAUCUAAACGCGAUAUGUAUAUUAAGGAACUGAAAGUAGCAUUCUCUAAUGCUGAGUUAAAGUUUAGGAAUGACAAAUCUCAGCUACAGAAGGUGAUACUAGCUUUAGAAGAGGGUCAAGGGGAACUAGAGACGAAACUGAAGAAUUCAGAGUCGAAUGUAAGUAAAUUAGUGGAGGAGUACAAGAGGGCUGAAGGUGAACAUAAUGAAUUUCGAGUUUUGCAAAGAAACCGUGAAGCAGAGAUGGAGAGACAUUUGACAGCAAAGAUUGUUGAGAAAGGGAAAGAGGUAGAAAAGUUGAAUGAGAGCCUCCAUGAACUUAGAGUGGAUUUCGAUACACUGAGAGCGGAGAGAGAUGAGCUGGACGCAAAGACAGCUUCGUUGGCGACUGAUGUGGUGUCUAGAAAUGAAAUGAUUUGUCAUAUGGAAGAGCAUUUGCAUAGGUUACAUAAAGAGCAUGUGGAUAUUAUAUCGAGAUGCGAGGGAGCUACAAAACAAGCCGAGGAGCAAAAGAAAAGGUUGAGAAGAAUGGAGAGUGAAGUGGAAUGGCAGAGGGACAUGAUAGCAGAAGGUGCAGAAGAGAAGAAAGAAGCAAUAAGGCAACUGUGCUUCUCCUUAGAGCAUUACAGGAAUCGUUAUUACGAGUUCAGGAACGCAUUUAUAGAGCUUACGAAACAGGCACCAGUACAAGACAUUGCUUACUAUUACAGGAAGUAGUAACUAACCUCAUGUCUUUUGGUCUCGCAACUGAGCAUUGCUAGCUAAAGAUGAACAAAUACCGUCAGAAGCCAAUGGAGCGACUCGAUUGAACAUUCGAUGACAUGAUCUUAAACAGGCAGGUGAUUAGUUUUCCUCCAACUGAACUGAAAUUUGUCAGUCUUUGGGUUCCGUCUACCAUUAUUUCUGUACAUAGGAGUUAUAUUAGUUUUUCGUUGUGUGGAUAUAUUUGUUGUUAACUGUACCAGAUAGUUA